GGCUCAGCUCAAUCACACAUACAGAGAGAGCCCUCUCUGGCUUUCAUCUUCUUCCUUUCAGAGCUCUCUCUCUCUCUCUCUCUCUCUCUCUCUCUCUCCUCUUGACUGUAGUAAUCCAGCUCCACCACGAUGCAGGCCGUAGCCAGGCGUCUAGGGCAAAAAUCACUGAGCCCUUCGCCUUCAAUUUCAUCGCUCAAGUCUAUCUACCCUCUCAACUACGAUCACUAUUAUGGAGCUGAACACCCGAGGUACGGAUCCACCGUUGCCACUAAAGGAAUCGGUCACCUUGUUAGGAAAGGGACUGGUGGAAGAUCAUCUGUUAGUGGCAUAGUAGCUACAGUUUUUGGAGCAACUGGAUUUCUUGGUCGUUAUGUGGUGCAGCAACUUGCUAAGAUGGGAUCUCAAGUUCUAGUUCCUUUUCGGGGUUCUGAAGAUUCUCAUCGUCAUCUAAAGCUGAUGGGAGAUUUGGGACAGAUAGUGCCAAUGAAAUACAAUCCAAGAGAUGAAAGUUCAGUUAAAGCUGUAAUGGCAAAAGCUAAUGUGGUUGUUAACCUUAUUGGAAAGGAUUAUGAGACAAGGAAUUAUAGCUUUGAAGAAGUAAACCAUCACAUGGCUGAGCAACUUGCAACGAUUGCUAAAGAGCACGGUGGGAUUGUAAGAUUUCUCCAAGUUUCUUGUUUGGGGUCAUCUGCUUCAUCACCAUCAAGACUGCUAAGAGCAAAGGCUGCUGCAGAAGAGGCUGUAAUGAGAGAAAUGCCUGAGGCUACGAUUUUGAAAUCUGCUGCAUUGGUUGGCACAGAGGAUAGACUUUUAAACCGGUGGGCAGAAUUUGCUAAGAAGUAUAGCUUUCUUCCCCUCAUUGGAGGUGGAUCUACCAGAAUUCAACCUGUAUAUGUCGUUGACGUUGCUGCUGCAAUUAUUGCUGCCUUGAAAGACGAUGGUGCCAGUAUGGGAAAAGUUUACGAACUUGGUGGCCCAGAGAUCUUUACAGUGCGCGAAUUGGCAGAGCUUAUGUUUGAGACGAUUCGUGAAUAUCCUCGCUACGUAACACUUCCUGUUCCUAUUGCAAAGGCCAUGGCAAUGCCACGAGAUAUAUUGGUUAACAAGGUUCCCUUCCCGUUACCCAAUCCGGAGAUCUUCAACCUAGAUCAGAUCAUUGCUCAAACCUCAGAUACACUAGUGUCUGAAAACGCUUUGACUUUCAAUGACCUUGGACUCAUGCCACAUAAGUUGAAGGGAUACCCUAUUGAAUUUCUUGCCUGCUAUCGUAAGGGCGGUCCACAAUUCGGUUCUACAAUCAGUGAAAAAGUGUCUGCAGAUUGGCCAUGAUAUCCCAAAGGUCAUUUUCUUGUUUGUUGAAGAGUGUUACCGAGUUGGAAACGUUGAAUCAGGUUCGGGUGCAAGAAUUUUGUUUCAUUCUCUCUGAUCUUAUGAGCCAAUUAGAGGAGAGAAUAAUACUAUCUAAUACUAUAAUGAAAAUCAUAAUUUUGUGUCUUUUAAUUUGCUAACAAUUUUGUCAUUGGCCAAACAGGUUUUCAACAAGGGGGCAUUUUAGAAAAGUAGGAAAGCAAUAAAGAGAUAAGGUUCAUAUGGAAAAUGGUUCUUCAGUUAUUUUUCUGACUUGUAUAAUUUGUGAAGUACUGCCUAUUUGUAAUUUUUUUUCUUUCUAAAAAGUUCUAAAUUUUCAUUUUUGGCUCGAUCGUUCAUAAGCCCCGAGUAAUGGAGGGAACCUUGAAAUUGUUUUCUCAUUUUCCUUAAAUUUUAGCAUCUGUUAUCAUGUUUGGAAUUCAA